UUCCUGCUUCCAGUGAUGGCGUCUGCUGAUCUGAGAGACGAGCUGACCUGCUCCAUCUGCCUGAACAUUUAUACAGAUCCUGUAACCCUGACAUGUGGACAUAGCUACUGCCGGGUCUGCAUUGACAAUGUGCUGGACACACAGGGGGUGAGAGGACAUUCCUGUCCUGAAUGCAGAAAAUUAUUUAACACAAGACCAGACCUGCAAAGAGCUCUAACACUGCGUAACAUAGUGGAGAGUUUCCUAUCUACUCACCCAGAGCAGGAGGAGGUUGGGAUCUCCUGUACUUACUGUAUUCACUCCUCUGUACCUGCUGCUAAAACAUGUCUGCACUGUGAAGCUUCUCUGUGUGAAGCCCACCUGAGGGUCCACAGCCAGUCAGCAGAACAUGUCCUAACUGAGCCCACCACUUCAUUGGGAGACAGAAAAUGCUCCAUCCACAAGGAAAUCCUGAAAUAUUACUGCUCUGAGGAUGCUGCCUGUAUCUGUGUGUCCUGCAGUGUGGCCGGAGAGCACAGGCGACACGCGGUGGAGACUCUGAAUGAGGCCUCUGAGAAGAAGAAGGAGAAACUGAGAAAUAUUCUGCAGAAACUGACCUUAAAGAGAGAGGAGGCUGAGAAAAGAGUCCAGAGCCUGCAGGAGCUCAGGAGAGAAGUGUCAGAUAAAGCAGCUGGGGUAACAGAGGAAGUUACUGCCCUGAUUAGGGGUAUCAAGGAACAGCUGGAAGCUCUAGAGCAGCGAGUCCUGAGUGAGAUCUCCAGGCAGGAAGAGCAGGUCUCACUCCGAGUCUCAGAUCAAAUCCGGCAGCUGGAAAUAAAGAAGGAGGAUCUGUCCAGGAAGAUGGGUCACAUUGAGGAGCUGUGUAACAUGACGGACCCAUUAACUGUCUUACAAGGACGGGAAUCAGACAGCGCUGACUAUUGUGAUACUGAGGAGGGAGAUAAUGAGGACAGAGAGAGAGAUGAUAACAAGGUCCGUGCUGUAGGGGAUCUGGAUGUGGGUCUGAUCUCAGUGACCUUACACUCAGGAUUAGCUGGGAUUGUGACCGGAGUAAAGAGACAGAGCCAUGUACCGGCUAAUAUAUUACUGGGGGUAAACACGGCUUCAGACAUGUUACUGAGGGUAAACACGGCUUCAGACAUGUUACUGAGGGUUAACACGGCUUCAGACAUGUUACUGAGGGUAAACACGGCUUCAGACAUGUUACUGAGGGUAAACACGGCUUCAGACAUGUUACUGGGGGUAAACACGGCUACAGACAUGUUACUGGGUGUAAACACGGCUGCUAAUGAUGUAACUGUAUCGGGUGAUAUGAAAACUGUAUCCAGGUCAGGAAUAAACCAGAGACGCCCAGAAACACCAGAGAGAUUUCAGUAUAAUCAGGUUUUAAGCUCCAGGAGUUUCUCCUCGGGGCGACAUUACUGGGAAGUGGGGGGCAGUGAAUCAGGGGGAUGGAGGGUAGGGAUGGCCUAUCGCAGUAUAGCCAGGAAAGGAGAUCAGUCAGAGAUUGGAAAUAAUAACAAGUCCUGGGGUUUGGGGAGGUGGAUUAAUAAACAGUAUAAUGUGAUACAUGACAGUAAUUACAUCGUGUUAUCCCACCGCCCCCCUUCCCGCGUGAGAUUGCGGAUAUUCCUGGACUACGAGGCCGGGCGGCUGUCCUUUUAUGAGCUGUGUGACCCCAUCAGACACUUACACACCUUCACUGCCACCUUCACUGAGCCGCUUCAUGCUGUAUUCGGGGUAUAUGGGGAUAAUGCCUGGCUGAGAAUGUAUUGAAUGAUUAAUUAAUCUAAUUAAAGAGAUUUAAUCCCGGAGUGGGAAUCACGAGACGGUAAUACUGAUCUCGGUGUGGGCGGAGCUUCAUAACAGGGUUAGCUCCGCCCACUUGACCUGGGACUGGGCGGGGCCUGUUACUAAGCAACAGCUGCUCUGUGUGUCACUGUGUGUGAUUGUGGGUGAAUGUUACUGACAUUAAAGCAGAAUUACUCAAUACAGACAAACGUCUCUAUAAUUAAACUAUAGUCACAGCGUGUAUCCUGCA